UUCAGUCACAUUAUAUAAACAAUUCUACCGGAUUGUGAGGAACGCAUUGAUGAAUUCAUGUGUAUGACCAAAAAUCUUGAUGAAAGUCUACGGAAUCAUGUUGUCAGCAAAACGCACAAGAUCCGUUCAUGGUGAUCAACUCCUCUUCAGGUCAUGGCCACAGAAUCGAGUUCUGCGAAGACCAUCGGCGCAACAACGGCAGGAUUGCUUCAAGAUUCCUUGGCCUGUUCGUCCAAAUUAUAAUUAGUGGACGAGGAAUCCCAGUUAUACUGCUGAUGCUGAGGGACUAAUGGCUUUCUAUGAUCUACUUGAUGCUGCAACCUUACCAAGCAGAGAGUUUACUGGAGAUGGACAUCUUAUGUCGGAUUCACCACCAAAACCAGGCUCUCCUCAUGAAAGAACGAUGAGCUUUCUGAAGUCAAACUUUCUGCAAGUAGUUUGUAGAGUGCGUGAAACAGUAGUGGAAUCAGCUCAAGCACUGCAUGAUGUCUUAUCAACUAAACCUCCAGUUUUUUAGCAUCAAAACAUUCAUCAAUGGAACUAAUGUCUUUGAAUCCUCGACCCAGCUGCCCCUCCUUGAAGAUCCCAUCCACCUUCACCGAAAAAUCCAACCUCAGCCGCCCCAAAUCCAACUAAAGAAACGGGUUGACUUUUUUGGGUCUCCUAGCAGUUGCUGAUGUGGCCAUGGUAUAUGUGGUGGACAGCUUAAAGUACAGUAUUGAACUCGGGACGAAGCUCGAUUGAUCACUUGAUAGAUGUCAGGAUGCAUCACACUUGAAGAACUCGCCAGUGUCAUCCGUCCAUUAGGCCACAACCCAACAGAACAAGAGCUGCAGGAUAUGAUCAGGGAGGUUGAUGUCAAUGGCAACGGGACUAUUGAGUUCAAUGAGUUCUUCAACAUAAUGGCUUGGAAAAUGAAGGAGGCUGAUACUGAAGAGGAAAUGAGAGAAGCCUUUAAGGUUUUUGACAAAGACCAGAAUGGAUAUAUCUCAGAUUCUGAGCUGAUGAGUGUAAUGAUUAAUCUUGGAGAGGAAGUAACAGAUGAUGAGGUUAAGGAGAUGAUUAGAGAGGCUGACAUCAAUGGUGAUGGCCAAGUAGACUUUUAUGAGUUCUCCAAGAUGAUGAUGGCUAUCCAAACUAAGUUCUAAAGACACACCGAAGAAUGUUGGAUUUCCACUUUUAUUUCUUCUAAAUUGCAGAUGAAAUGAUAUAAGUACAUGUUUCAUAUUUUUCAUUUAUGGUUGUUGUUUAUAAUAUUUUAUGGAGAUUCAGUAUUGGUGUCCCAUGGUCAAAACAUUUUAGUCCUUGCCUAUGUCAA